AUGCAGUGUCUCGGUAUAGAUAUCACUGCACGGGAGUUCGCAAGCAUGCUACAAGUUCCUGUGUCCAUUUGCCCCGAUUCAUCCAGAAGUUACGCCUUUAAAACCCGGGUUCGACGUCAUCCAAAGAGUUGGUUGGUGACUGGGGAGGUAUCGAGUAACAAGACGCUUCGAGUGAGCACCACCAAAGAUGUCUGUGUCCCAAAGGUUGCUGCAAGAAAUAAAGUCAACACCAACCCAGAGAUGUAUUAUAUGCACCAAUGAAGUAACUAGUGCAUCAAUAAAGUUUGAAGGUGACAAAUGGUGUAGGCAGAACAUCUGGGAAAAACUAGAUCGAGUUUUGGGUUGGGAAGGAAUUCUGAAACUGAGGAAUAUCAUCAAAUUGCCAGCGAAACUAUGCUAUUCUUGCUUCAAGAGGUUGAAAGACAGUUCUAAAAUCAUUGAUUCAUUUGAACGAGCAAUAGAGAAACAGAGUGCUGCUCUUAAAAUUGACAGUAGAAUUCCUCCAUAUAAGUACAACCCUGUGGAAGAAGACAUCUCUACCACCGAAACGACAACAGAAGUAAUUAUGCAGGAUGAGAAAAAUGAUACAAAUGAAUUACUUGAAAAUAUAAAACAUUGUAAAAUAUGUGCCCAUCCAAAAGACAUAUGCAUCAUAGAUGUGAAUGACAUAUGUGCGGAAAAAAUUGAGCUUCUUACAUCAGUUCUUGAUGCAGUACCCCAGAAAUCAGUUGCCUUAUGUAAUAAGUGUAUUGGAGAUUUAGACACAUAUGCAAAAUACACCAAAGGUCAACAGAGAGUUUUGAAACACUUACAUUCGAAACAUUCCGAAGUGAAUCCCUCAACCGAAAUACCCGACACUGACAUUGUAGUCAAGUCAAUGAAUGAUAAUGGAACAGUUGAAGAUGGAAAAAAUCAGAAGCCAAUUCCCUCAGUUCCCAAAACUUUAAAUCAUGUACAAUGCUUUCUCUGUCAUAGGACAAGUAAAAUGAAACAAAGAAGACCAGUCAGUGUAACCUAUGCUCUGGAUAGCCCAGAAAGUCUUGCAGCUGAUAUACCAAAUGGAUUAGCAAGACUUGUAGGUGUAGAUUGUUUAGAUGCGCUGAAGUACUGUGAAGACAAUUCAGCCCCUAUGUGUGGGGGUUGCUUCAAGGGGAUCAGAGAUGACCUAAUGACUCAGAAUAGAAUAAUGGAAAACAUUAAAAAGUAUUCUAACUUCACUGAUGAUUCAAUUAAAGAGUUGAAGGCCAAGCAUCUAAAAAUUAAAAGCUGGGGUUCUUAUUUCUCAAAACCAAGGCAAGAAAGAUGUAAGAGGAAGUAUAUACCAGACUUAAGUCCAGAUGAUAUCGAGGAACCUGAAAGGUUUGUAGCCUCAAAGGCAGCUCAGACAACAUUCCCAAAAGAAACUAAAACUCCAAAAGUUAUCAGGAAACCUAAAAGACAAGGUGAUCAAGCUGUUAGUACCAAUGUGGACACUGAUACAGAUAUAGAAGUUGAGGAUUCUGAAACAAACCCUGCUGAUAUAAGGUCUUUAUUCGAACAUCACAGCUUCAUGGAGGAUAGAGAUCUUGCACGACAUAUACACAGUGAUGCCCUGGUGAGGACAAUUCGACGAAAGGAGUACAACAAAAUGUGUGAUUAUUUGUUGGUGAAUAAGUUCACUUAUAAGACAAUUGUACUAAAGUUGAUGGUCAGGCUGAAUGAAGAGGUCAAACGCCUAGUUAGGCCAAAUAAAAGCAACUCAACUUUGCUGAGGAAGGAUUUUAGUGAAAUAAAAGACUUGGAUUUGUUCCAAGAGCUUUUCACUGAAAUGAUGGAGAGGACACCAUUAUUGGCAGAUGUCAUAAUGACUGUAUCCAGAGGCUACCAGCCUGUAGAAGACAGGCAUCUUGUUGAGAUAGGAUUGGUCUACAGCAUAUUGGCACACAUCAGAAAUCACCAUCUAACUAGCAUGCAGAAAUUCUUUGCCAACGCACUAAAUGAGAUAGAUGCCAGCAGAUUGGUGGUUGAUUUGCUCAAUGAAUUUGGACUUUGUCCUAGCAGCGUAAGCAAGCUAGACGAUUCCUACCUAAUACAUAAGAGGAAAAUGAGAAAAUCUUCACACCAUGUAUCAUCAACAUCAACUGUACAGUCUACAUCUGAAGAGCCAGCUGCUGUAGAAGAAACUGCUUUAGAAAAUAUAAAGGAAGAAAGAAAAUAUGAUAUUGAGUCAUCUGAAGAGCAAGCAGCUGUAGACGAAACAGUUUUAGAAGAAAAAGAAUUUGAUGUUGAAUCAACCAAAGCCAUACAAUCAAUUACAGUUGACACCACCACUGACAGUCAUUUAGAACAGAAGGAAUCUUUACCCGAUUUGUAGUGAAAUAAAAUUCAGAAUAUUAUGCUACAGGGACUAAAUCAUUUUCACCAUACAGAGAUUUUUGAACUAUUGUAUGGGGAAAAUUGGAAUGGAAUGUUGUUCAAUCAAUGUUGUUCACUCAUUUAAAGGGUGACACAAACGAAUUAGUACAUAAUUGAAAGCAUCUGU